AUGCAAUUGCAGGCCUUUAAACGAACUCAAGAUAUUAUAUGUUGUGUGGCCAAUGCACAACGAAGGCUAGCGAGUACUUCCAUCUAUGAUCCGCCUUAUUUAGAUAGUUUGAAACCUAAAAUUCCAUUGCAUGAGCCAAUCAACGUUCAAAUUAAGGGUUAUGAUUUUGCAGUUUUAGAGAGCUAUCAGAAAGAAAUAAACAGAAUUGCUAGAAUGAUGGACAUUGAUAUUAGCGAUGGUUGGGCGACUCCAGGAGUUAAACAUAAAAUACAGAAGUUUAAACCUAACAGUUCAGUUGUUCAUAAAGAAUAUGAAUUGGUGACUUAUGAACGGAAUUUGCAGAUAGUCGAACUUCCAUCGACUCUCGCUCCUAUUUUCUUUCAAUUGAUUCAAGCUGCUCAGCCACAGGGAACUAAUUUAGAAGUACAUGAACAUUUAAAAGAACAUGAACUAAUCAGGUAUGUCCCAGACAAGGACUUGAUUCAAUUGAAGACACAGCUGACCGAGCUUGGAGGACCUGUUCUUAAGAAGAGAUAA